AUGUUCUUCUUGGAGACUUCUAUUCUCGUCUUCGCCUUCAUGGUCGACCUGCUCUUCACUAUGGUCUCUGUGGCGCUUGACUUGUUCUUCGGUGCUACUCUCUUCAUCUUGUGCGCCGACUGCCAAGUACAAGACAUCAUUGUGGCCACCACAUCUAUCGACAAAAUCGACUCACUGUCCCAUGCACCAGCAAGUGCUAGCCUCUCCGAGUCCGCCAUCCAGCACUCCGACCGAGGCAUUCACGAGCUCAGCGACAAGCAACGCAUCGCUCAGUUCGAGAUUGACGUCGAGACUCUGACCGAACGCCUUGCGCUCCGAGAGAACGAGGUAGUUGCUUUUGAGCACUUGACCGCCUACCUCGGCACCGUCAUCGAAGACAAAAAUGUCCAAAUCUCCACUUCGAGGCAAGAGAACGAACAAGAGAAAAUAAGACUCGAACAAGAGAAAACAACACUCCAACAAGAGAGAGCAACACUCCAACAGGAGAAAGCAACAUUCCAACACGAGAAAACAACAUUCCAACACGAGAAAACAACAUUCCAACACGAGAAAACAACAUUCCAACAUGAGAAAACAAGACUUCAACAGCAGUAUCUACCGCUACAGAUCCAAACCCACGGCCUGUUUAUCGCAGACCUCACCCAAGCUCUCGCUCAAACUCGCACCGACUCUAUGCACGAGAAGAUACUGGCUCAGCAAGAGCUCGACAGGGCCCACGUGGAGAUCCUCGAGAACAAAGCCGAUGCUGUUCGUCACUCUCGCAAGGUCAAGCGUCUCAGCAGCGUAGUCAAACAACGUGGCGAGCUCGCCCUCAAACUCGCCCGCCGCCCUAUCUUUUUCGACCCCAAGAGUCUUCCCGGCGGACCUAUCGCUGCCAUGCUUCCUACUCCCCCUGCUUCGCCUGCACUCGUCAAUGCCUCGUUCGACAACGAACUUCAACAACAACAGGCCGGGUCCAUGCUGCUACCAACAAGUAGACCAGAAACGAGAGAAAUGCCAAUAUUUUACAUGAGUGUACAGCGUAUCGGUACUAAGGGUGCAAGUGAGGAGCAGAUGGGGUACCGCAAUGGGGCAAGCAUGAACGUAGAUACUCAGCGGCGUUGGGCACGCGACCGAUGGUCGGGGGGAAAUCCCGGGAUGCAUUUCACAGUCGUCCACGCCCGUCUCAGCUCUACGUACCUUCUGUCUCAGGCUAGCAGUCCUCCUCCAUGCAUCCAGAAACUCUCCGAGGACCAGAAGUCUCGUAUCCUUAACUGCAACUCUACCUGUAUCCUCACUCGUUCGACCAUGCUCGUCUUCGUCUUCAUGGUCAACCUGCUCGUCACCAUGGUCUCUGUGACCCUUGACUUGUUCUUCCGUGCUGCUCUCUUCAUCUUGCGGGCCGCCUGCCAAAUACCAGACAUCAUCGAAGCCGCUGCAUCUAUCAGCAGCGUCGGCGCAGUGUCCCAUACGCCGACAAGUGCUAGUCUUCCCGAGGCCGCCAUCCAGCACUCCGAAGGAAACAUUCACCGCGACCUCAGCGAUGAGCAACGUGCCGCUCAGCUCGAGACCAGAGUCGAGGCUCUCAAACAGCGUCUUGCACUCCGUGAGAACGCGAACGCUGCUCUGCAGCGCAAAUACCUUGCGCUCCGUGAGGACGCACACGCUGCUCUGCAGCGCACAGUAUGUCCUAUCCCUGCUCUCUUAUCCACGAGCUUCACACUGAUAUACCCGUUCUUGUAG